UUCAUUUAGUCAUUGGGUGUGGGGUAGCUGGGGGGGGUCAUAAAAGCCCCCCAGGCUGACACCUACUUAACAAGGUUGUUAUUGCCACUUACAAGUCAUGCCCUUUGACGCACUUUUGACGAAUUCAUUAAGUUUAUUAUUUUAGUGAGCAGCGUUUGCCGGCUGCCAUUUUUACAUCAGGAAGCGUCCAGCCUCUGUUGUGUUGUGCUUCAGCGACUGCAUACAGAAAGCUUUUAUUAAACGAGUGCCGGGGCUCUCAUAUUUGGAACAAACGGUGGCGCAGCACAGGAAGCUCGCUGAUUGUCACAAUUAAAUGGCCUUUUCAGUAACAACGGCCGGGCGCCAAAACGUUCGGUAAAAGUUUAGUUUAAACUGCCCUGCUGGUUGUUCCCCUUAUUUCUGUUUUCUGUUUUGUGUCCUUUUGUGCGCUGACAGAGAAGAUGAUGUUUGCCCAGCAAAUUGCGUUCCUUCGGGGAAGGAGGGUGUGUCGUUUCACUUGACCGUCUUUCUUCUGCCUUAAUGUGCUUUCUCCUGAUUGGCUGACGGCCCACCCCAACAAUUAUCCCUCUUUGGAGGAAAGGACAGAGUUCAGGCAUAGAAGGUUUGCUCCACCCCAGUGCCCACCCCACCCACAGCUGACCCCGGAGUGCCCCGACAUCUAAUGGAAAAACUGGUGGCUCUAGGAUGGGAGGAUGUGUCACGGGGGGAAAUCCCAGUAAACUGCCGGCCAAGGAGAUGAGGAAAGGCUGUGAGAUGAGACAGGGAAACAAAUUGCCUGUUUCUCACGAGCUCCCGGAUUUUGACAUGAAGAAAGACAUCGAGCAGUUAAUAGCAGAAGAACGGGCUGACAUCCUCACUAAAUAUGAUAAGGGCAGGGAGCAAGGUGUGCACAUUGACCCGUGGGAGGAUGCUGACUACAGCAUCUACAAGUUCACAGAUCGCUUCGGCUUCCUGCACGAGAACGAACUGCCGACCCCGAGUGCGGACGAGGCGAAGCAAAAACAACAAGAAAUUGAAAGGGUGGAGAAAUGGCUAAAGAUGGUGAAAAAAUGGGAGAAGUACAGGAACAGUGAGAAGAUGAUUCGCAGGGUCUACAAGGGGAUCCCUCUGCAGCUGCGGGGGCAGGCCUGGUCUCUCCUCCUGGACGUUGAGAAGGUGAAGAAUGACAACCUCGGGAAGUAUGAGAAAAUGAAGAAACAAGCCAGGACCCACUCCACAGAGAUCAAACAAAUUGACCUUGAUGUCAACCGGACCUUUCGGAACCACAUUAUGUUCAUGGACCGCUUCGGAGUCAAGCAACAGGAAUUGUUCCAUGUGCUGGCAGCCUACUCCGUCUACAACACGGAGGUGAGCUACUGCCAAGGCAUGAGUCAGAUCGCUGCCAUUCUGCUGAUGUACAUGAACGAGGAGGACGCCUUCUGGGCCUUAUCCCAGCUGCUGACCAGCCAGAAGCACACCAUGCACGGCUUCUUCAUUCCCGGUUUUCCCAAACUUCAGCGAUUCCAGGUCCACCAUGACCAGAUCCUCUCCAAGCUGAUCCCCAAACUAAAGAAACACCUGGACAAAGAGCAGAUGACUGUGGGGAUUUAUACCACCAAAUGGUUCCUGCAGUGUUUUAUAGAGAGGACGCCUUUCACGCUAACCUUGCGUUUGUGGGACAUCUACAUCCUGGAAGGAGAGAAGAUCUUAAUAGCCAUGGCCUACACCAUCCUCAAACUGCACAAGAAGCGCCUGCUGAAGAUGUGUCUGGAGGACCUGAGGGAGUUUCUGCAGGAGGAAAUUGCCGGAUCUUUCUACAUGAGCGACGACACCGUCGUGGAGCAGCUGCAGACGUCCUUGUCGGAACUGCGCAAGAUGAAGCUCGACCUCCCCCCUCCAGCCAAAGCUGAGGAGUUGCCCAAGAGGACCCUAGGAAUCGAGCUGCCGCUGCUGUUGACGCCUAUGAAGCUUCCCCAGGCUGCCAACGGACAGAGUCCGGUCGGGGAGGAGCCGAUGUCACCGCCGGCUCCUGAAUCGGAUGCCAUUGUGCUUGCUGAAAGUCCUCCCCCUAGUGGCCAGUGGGACUACUCCACCCCUGCUGAUGAGGACUCUUACAGUUUGCCUUCGCCUGACCCCGUGCAGGUGCACCAACAGAGAUCCUAUGCACCGGAUGAGCUUCCGCCUGGGAUUCUGACUCCACCCAGCUCAAGGGACAAAGACCUCUAUACUAAGAAGGGGUAUGGGGACAGGGAACCAUCUGGUAUGGACUCCUUCGAGAAUAUCCCGGGGUCAGAUGAGAAUGAUCCAGAUAAGGGCCAAAGGCCUGUAGAAAUUAAGGAAGUACUAGAGGACAGGGUGCCUCCUCAUUGGCCGCCUGAGGUUGGCAUUGGGGAUCUGGGGUCUUCAGAUAUGUCAGAUGCUUCACUGGCCCUUCCUCUCUCUGUGGAGACAUCUGCAGAAGCAGACACUGCUCUCUCUGCCUCCACAAGGAGCAGUCCCCUUAUCUCAGGACAACAUGCUUCUUACCUCGUGUCCCCUUCUGGAGACCCCCCCGUCUCCUCAUUGCCCGGAGCCCCACACAGCCCGAGCGGGAACUCAGUACAUAUCGUAGGCGUCCAGGGUCCAACAGAAAUUUGCCCCUCUGACAUCACCCAGCAUGACAACUGUGGGAGGGACAUGGAAAAGGAUAAGUGUCUGGCUCAGCUGUUGGAGAGCGCAUCUGCCCUUCCCCAGAGUUCCUUACUGGAAGGGAAGCUUCAGGAAAAUCUGGGGAUCUGCGGCCUUCCAGAAGGACCCACUGCAGAACAGACGUCAUCCACAGCACCUGUAAAGCCAGCCCCCCCUCUCCCACCUAGGCAAAAACUGGAGCAUGACACAGGUCUGUCCAACCUUCCUCCCUGCUUAGUGGAACAACAGGUUCGGUUCCAGCUUUCCCAGAUGGAGGAGAGUGACGAACAGAGCGGAGGACGGCUGAUUGAGGAGGAUGAUGCGGUAAGACCACCAUGUUCCUCUACAGCCACCAGACCUCCAGAAGAAACAAAGGGAGUACCAUCGGUCCAUUCAGACUCCGACUUUCACCAAAUACCCAUCCCUGACCUUCGGCUUCCCAAAUCGGUGACGUUUUAGCCCACGACCCCAGGACUGGCAUAUUGGGACCUGCCUGGCCACAGCUUCUGUGUCCUACUGCCAUCUUACCAAGCAAAGGAAGAGAAUACUUCAUUUUUUUAUAAUGUCAGAGUUGCUACAUAGCAAAACUAUUGUUCUGAUUUUUACCAGUUUUGGUUGAUAUGUACAGAUUCCUAUGCUUUUCAGUGUAAAUGACUUUUCUAAUUAUAUUUUAAUAGAUUUUUAAAAUGUUGACCUGCAGCGACUAGACUUAGAACAUUUUACUUUGAUAAAACGCUUCUCAGCUAGGAAAAAAAUAAGAAAAUGUGCUCAACUUUUUUUGGAUAGUUUUGUUAAUAAACAACAGUGAUUAAUGGUUUUCUAGGGAUAGCAAAGCUCUUGUGACAAACAAGUAAGCGAAGUAUGUAGAUAUUAUUGUUUCUGUAUGGUACAGUGCCGUGUCCUGACAGACUGGUGCUUUCUUUUUUAUAGUCUGUAUUUUUCCUGUUUGUAGGAGUAAUGUCUUAUUUACUUAGCAUUAUUAUAUUGCUGCAGAAAGUUAAGAGUAUCAGGGCACUUCAGAACAAAUAUUAACAGUUGUCAGUGAGGAACGAUUGUUCCUCGCUUCAGCUCUACUGUAGCCACGUGAACUCAUCAACAGGGCCUAUACUGACAACAGUCACUGUUUCAUGUGGGUGGGUUCCCUGCACAAAAGCAACCAAUCGUUGUCCUGAUUUCAGUGAUUGACAGGCACGUGGCACCAUUAACUGUCCUCUCAGUCUGCCGGUACAAUGGCAAUCCCCCUUAUACACAGAGGAGUUUGUUUGAAAGCUGCUGCUGUGGAUCUUACUCUGUGUGAUUCUCCAAGCAUUUUCCGCACAGGAGAAAAAAAAAAUGACAUCAGACAAAGUCUUUGAUUUUGCAAAUGCACCAGAUCACAUUUGGACACCAGAUAUUAUUGUGUAAUUUCCCUCUUGGUUGUCUGUUCAGUCCUCACAUAGGUUUUUAAAAGAUUUGAAAUCAUUUUGCAUUACUAUGCCAAUUAUAUUUUUGUUGCAAUAAUGUACAUAUUUUCUGAAGUCAAAGUUUAUGUAAAAAUUAAAGAUGCGAGUCAUUUAGCUAAAUGUAGGACGAAAUUGGAUUAACUGUGCAGCAAUUUAGCUGUGUGGAAGUCAGAACAGCUCACAUAAGUUGGAUUCAGUCUUUUACAUUGAGGCAUACAGACAGAAAGUUUUUGGAUUUGUACUUAAUUGUCCAGAUUAUACUGCCCCCCGAUUAUAGCGAUUCUAUAGCUCCACCUGGUGGAGAGUUUGUUUUGCACAUCUUUUAUAUAUAAAUAUGUUUUUUUUUCGCCAUAGUUUUUUUUUUCCGCAUAGUUCACUGGAAAUUCCUAGUAUGUUAAAUUGCUGCCUUUGGUAAAACAACAAAUAUGUUCGUAACUCCUGGCAUGUUCAGAUGACAGAUAUGGACGUCUUACGUUGCGAGCACACAAGGCCUCACUGUUUACUGGAUCAAGUAGCAAUAAGAAAUGCACGCACAAAAGACAAAACGAGCUUUUGGUAAUGGCAGGUUUCAGUAUAGCAGACAAGCAGUGGGCUUAUGGCAGGAAAUAUACCUGAGGUUUUCCUUCAGCUGCUUUCUUAGCUUAUUAGUGUGAUAGGUUAUAUAUCGUGUACCAAUUUAAUUUUUAAUUGUUCUGCACCUUGUAUUGCAUACAAAACCAGGUAAAGAGCUUCCAGUUUGUGUCUUUAGAUUCAUCUGUUCUGUGUUAACAUGGAUGUACAUUCCUUCCUUAAGGAGUUCAAGGGCUCCAACUAAAGCCUUUGCUUUUACUGAGGUCUUCAGGGUGUAAAUAUUGCAAGUACUGUUGUAAUGAACACAGUUGUUUGGAAAGCAAGAAAAGUUCCUAA